AUGGGGGAUCCAUAUCGCUCUCAGAGCACUACUUCUCUCUCCCGUCUCUAUAACGGCGCCAACGGAGGAGGGCCAACAGGGGUGGACGGGGAAGAGUUGAACGACCCAAGCUUGGACUUUUGCAAUGCCUUUUGGGGACCAGGAGACAAGGGCUUUGACGUGGUCAUGGCCCGUCUGAGAGGAGCGGCCAGGACGACAGACGAAUUACGGACGUAUUGGAAAGAGAGAGUGGCAAUAGAGGAAGAGUAUGCUAAAAAGCUGGCAAAGUUAGCAAAGAUGACAGUGGGUAAAGACGAGAUUGGAGAACUGGCUGCUGCAAUCCAAAAUUUACAGACGGAAACGGCUAGUCAGGCUUCAUAUCACCAAGCGCUUAGUACGGAGAUGAGACAGAGCGUCGAACAGCCGACGGUGGAAUUCGGAGUGAGAUUGACAAACCUCAAAAAGGGACUGCAGGCCAGUGUGGAGAAGAGUUAUAAGAAUAAGGGGUUACAAGAGGCUCAUGUGCAAAAAGCAAAGGAUAGAUACGAAAGUGAUUGUUUGAAGCUCAAUUCGUAUACUGCCAACGCCGCUCUGAGCCAGGGGAAAGAUCUCGAAAAGAUUCACUCAAAGCUGGAAAGAGUGAGGCAAACAAUAGGGGCGAAUGAACAGGACUUUAGGCAAUUUGUCAAGGUGCUCGAGGGCACUCAGGUCAAGUGGGAGAAUGAAUGGAAGAGUUUUUGUGAUCAUGUACAAGAUCUAGAAGAAGACCGACUAGCUUUGAUGAAGGAUAUCAUGUGGGCGUAUGCCAAUGCAGUGUCUCAGGUCUGCGUUGAGGAUGACAGCUCUUGUGAACGAAUACGAGAGAAAUUGGAGCAGUUUGAUCCUCAAAAUGACAUGAUCAACUUUGUGCGUGGUUGGGGAACAGGUGAUACCAUACCGGACCCUCCCCGAUUCAUCAAUUACUCCGCAGGAGAAACUUACCCCUCUCAUCCAUCAACUCACAUCGCGAGUUUCCGCCGAAUAUCCAGCAAACCUCCUGUCUCUGCCACCUCUCAGCAUCUGGAUCAACAAGCCAUUCAACCUGCAGAAGCGCAGCCUUCAGUUGAGUCGCAUACCGAACAACCCGAAACGGAUAAGAAUGACAAGACUGAACCUCAAAGCAAUGGCUGGACAGGCGGGAUGGACAAACUGGCCCUGUCAGACGAACAGACUGGCUUUCCCCAAAAGAGCGACACAAAACCUCCCUUUGGCGGCAUAGCACUUCCAGGGAUGACUACCUCGUCCUCCGGUCCCGUGACUUCCCCAUCAGAACGCAAAUCAACCAUGCUUCCACCACCUGUCCCACCGACAAUGACCAUGCCCGAGCCUCGUAUCCCUUCCCGGCAAAGUACACGAGACGCUACCGAUACCGAUCCUAUGGCAAAGGCUCUCGCAGAGCUUCGACGAGAACCUCCUUCAUCUGGUAGCGUCAGACGUAAUGCUUCUCAUCGUCGACCGGAGAGCACAUACACCCCUGGAGGGUCAGUUCGAGGAUCGAUUUCUGGACAAGGUGUCAAAUCUCCCGCUUCUCCCGCUCCGACUUCUACGUCACGUAUGUCAUAUCAAGCUCCCUUUGCCACACGUGCAUCGAUUGACAUGUCACUGUCUCCCCCUGCUCCCGGUCACACCGCGGCUCAAUUGCAAAAAUCAAUGGACGACUUCCAUCGACAAGCGACGAAACGACAAAGUAUCAAUUAUGCCAAUUAUGCCGAUGAUGUGGUCGGUGCACAUCCAGCUUCACGACCCACUUCUCCUGCACCGGGUUCAAGAGGUCCAGCAUCAGCAAUGAUGCAGCCACCUAUGCAACCUCCUUCUCCUGUUGCGGAUGAAGUUUUGUCGCAAUAUCAUCAAGCUUUCCCUGGAGAACGAUCUCGUUCUCGUGCAGGCUCCAUACGUUCUGGAAGAUCUCGAGCUGGAUCUAUGAUCAGUCAACAACCUCCCACCUCCCCAUCGGCUAUUCCUAGGGAAGGUUUCGUGGGAAUCGGUGCGGGUGGAGGAAGAUCAGCCAGUCCUCAACCCCCCACAUUCCGAACUCCCAGUCCAUCCCCUGUUUCUCCACAUGGCAUCUUGGGUCCUCAGAAUCUCGGAAUAGCAUUGGACGAGAAAGGUGGUGUUGCACAUGACUCCAUGGCUGAGGCUUAUAGGAGACAAUAUCAACAACAACAGCAACCCUCUCAACUUGCUAGAUCCCCUUCUCCCGCUCCUGUUCCUAUACAAAGCCCGUCUGUACGUGGAUCGACGUAUGGUCCACCAUCUGGUCAGUACUCAUCUCCACCACAGCAGUAUCAAGGUUAUGGAAGUACGAAAUCGCCAGUAGGAGGUUUGCCACCUAGCAUUUCUCAACAAACUCGUCCUACUUCACAAUACGCGCCACAACAGGGAUAUCAAACUUCUGUUGCUCCUCCUGUCCAACAAUACCCUCAACAUCCUCCACCUCAAACUCAAACCCAAUCUCAACCACCACCACAAUCUCAAUUACAAUCUCCGGUGCAAUCAAAGUAUCAAAAUUAUCAACAAGGUUAUCCCUAUCAACAACAACAGCAACAACAACAAUACCAACCCCCUCCACAAUCCACCUCGCCUCAACCUACCUAUCAACAAAAUGGUUAUGGUCAACGGCAAUCCGCUUACGGGGCUCCUCAACAAUAUGCACCACCUCAACAAACAUAUAGAGCUCCUAGUCCUCAACCUCAACAAUCACAGGCAUACCAAGCUCCAAGUCCUCAACCCCAACCCCAACCUCAACAUCCACAAGCUUACAAAGCGGCCAGUCCGCAACCACAAGGAGAUUAUUAUCGCGGUGGCCCGAGUCCACAACCGCAGGGAUAUGCAUCUCAAGGAGGGAGAAGUCCUAGUCCUCAACCGAACAGACCGCCGGAGAAUACGGCACCGACAGGGCAAUGGAGUACUACGGGUCAACCAGUGUUGUUCUAUGUCAAAGCACUGUACGAUUACACGGCCCAAUCUCCAGCAGAAUUUCACUUUCAAGCGGGGGAUAUCAUCGCUGUCACUUCUACGCCUGAAGAUGGGUGGUGGUCUGGAGAGUUGUUAGAUGAAGCGAGGAGAGUGCCCGGUAGGACUGAUUUCCCAAGUAAUUUGUGA